CUUUUGUUCAUAUACUGUUAACGUGAUGUGAUAAAAUUUUUUAUGUGAUAUAUAUUUGUGUAAUGGCAAAAUACCAGAAAAUCGGUAAAUUUCUAAGUUUGAAACAUGAUGAAGAUUAUUCAACACAUGAUGAAAAAAUUUCAUGUCACAUGGUGAAAAACAUCAUAAAAUAUGAUGAAAAAUAUGAUCAACAUGAUGAAAAGUCAUCAUGUAAACAUGAUGAAAAUAAUUUUGGUGUAAAUGUUGUUAGUGAAGUAUUAAAAAGAAGAGUUAUCGUUGCUGAUAGAGUAAAAGGUGCGUUCAUUUCUUCUAUAUCUCAUGAAUUAAGAACUGUUCUAUAUGGUAUUAUUUUAGAUUUUGCGAAAUUAGAAAGUGAAAAACAAGAUUACGUUGAAGAUCCAAUUAACCAAAAGAAAUUAAAUGAAAAAGAAAAUGAUAAUAAAAUAGUGAAUAAAAAUAAUAAAAAGAAGAAAGAACAGAAGGAACGAAUUGAUUUAGUUAAAUUAUUACUCUAUAGAAUUUUUUUAGAAAAUUGA